GUCGUUUUCAAGUUAAAGACCCCAACGCUUCUACUGGAAGUCAGAACGUUGGCGACGAAAGUGGAGUCCCAACGGGUACCGUACCUCUUAGGCACCUGGUAGGUAUGUUUCGGUAACCUACCUACCUAAUGCGUAUCCCCAAACUUACAAGCCAUACUUGAAGCUGACAAUAGCCGAACAACCCCAUUUCAGGCUCUGUAUGCCAGCAUGGCUGCUUUUGGCACCACCAUGCCAGCAAAACACAGUGAGCAUAUGGUGAUGCAGCGAGCCAGAACGUCCUCUCAUCAUUCUCAUCACCAAUUACGCCGUUCCAUCACAGAGCAAUCGCCGCCCUUUAGACAAUCUCGUGUCCACCAAUAUAUACAUCGCAAAGAUCGCGACCGUGGCGACCAACUGCCUUUAUCUGCAGGCCCACUAGGGCGUGACUCUCUCGAGCUCUCGCGAGCCGAAGCUGCUACGUCUACCGGGACAAGAAUGGUGUUGAAUACAGGGGAUGAUGUUCCUGAUACCAGCGAAACACGAACAUCACAACAUGUCCUUGCAAACGACCUUAUCACCCAGGAAAAGCAGAAGGCGGCAGCAGUAGCGAGCCUUAAGCGAUCGCUGGUCGAAUUAAAUUCCUUUUCGAAUGCGACAAUCGCACGUCUAGACGACACGUAUUCUUCUAUACUACAGAGACUUGGCUCACUAAAGAGCACUGUGGUAGCUAUGAGGGAACUUGCAGCCAUGUCACAGGACCUCAAGGAGAGCUUUACGGGCGAGUCGCGUGCAUUGGUAAGCGAAAUCGAGUCACAACUCUGCGUUGAUGAUCAGUCCGAGGACCAAAAGAAGCGCAUCCAAGAUCUCCAAGCCCGGAUCCAUGCAGGGCGCGGCAAAGUACAGGCUCUCAGCAAACGAGUUGACGUGGUGCGCGAACGCAUUGAGGGUUGGGAAAAGGCCGACAAGGAAUGGCAGGAAAGGACGAGGAAACGCCUUAGGAUCAUUUGGAUCUUUAUCUCAGCCGUUGCCUUCGUCCUGGUCGUUCUCUUUAUUGGAGCUCAAUAUGCGCCGUCAGCUACGGAUGUCGGCAAGUUGGCUAAAAUGGCCCCAGGUGCUUCAGAGGAAAUGGAGAGUUCAGUUAGGAACAACACUCUCAUGGUUGACGAAGUAAGGGAAGAAUUAACACUAAGGAGAGCUACGGCAUUGGUUGACCAAGAGGCUCUCCGAAUCUUUGACGAAUUAUAGCCUAGCGCGAUGGUAUACGCUACUCGAAGUUCUGUUGGCUGUUGUCAUGAUACCCUAAUUGCAAGUUUUGAAUAAGUUAGAUACCCCCAAAACAAUUGUCUGGUUGUAACCCCACAUUAUUAAAACCG